AUGCCAAAGACAAAAGCAGCCUUGAAGUCCGCGCAGACAGUAAAGCAGAAGCAGAAGACGAAGUUGAAGACGGAGCAGAAGAUGAAGAUGACAGCCCCAGCUCAAGGAAAUGCGAAACCCAAGCCCAACCCGGAAAUUCCAACAUCCACUCCAAAUGCAAAGACAACCCGGGCCUCGAAGUUGAAUGAAGAGAGAAGCUCCGACAUCCGAGGUUCGAAGAAGAAUGAGGAGUCAACGACGAAUCCCGCUAGCUCGGAUAGAGGAACCACACAAGCCAAUCCCAGCCCAGAGAUUACGAAACCAGUGUAUCCAAGACCACUAGUUAUCUGGCAUAAGAAGCCAAGUAGAAAGAAAAGAUCUGGAACUGCGAGUUCGAAGAAGGUUGCGGAGCCUAUGCCUAUGUCUAAUCCAACUCCAACCCCAGCUCCAAUUUCAGAGAAGAAGUCAAAGACAAAUACAACCUCAGCUAGAGGAAAUGCGAGGCCCCAACCCAUCCCGGAGACUCCAAAGCCAGUAUAUCCAAGACCACUGGUAAUCUGGCACAAAAAGCCAAGCAAGAAGAGAAGCUCUAAGACCACAAGUUUGAAGGAAGACGCAAUAUCCACAUCAAAUGCCACUCCAACUCCAGCUUCGAAGCAGAAGCUAAACACAAGCUCGGUUAGGAGAACUACACAACCUAGAUCUAGUCCUGAGAUCACAAAACCUAAUUUGAAAGCAACUCCAAAAGCAAAGUCAACUCGUAACUCGAAAUUGAAUGUAGAUACAAGAUCGAAAACUGCGAAUUCAAAGACAGCUGCGAGAGUUGUUAUCGAGAUUUCGGAUUCGGAUUCGGAUGAUGAUAAUGAUAUUGAUGAUGUUGAUGCUGAUGUGGAUAUUGAAGAUGAGGAUGAGGAUGGAUAUAUGGAUGAGGAUAUGGAUGAUGAUACCAAUAUCGAUGAGAUUCUGACUGCGAAAAAAGCUGCAAGAAUCUUUAUCGAGAUUUCUGAUUCGGAUGAAGACGAUGAUUCUGAUGAUGAUGAUAAUGAUGGAGAUGGAGAUGAAGAGAUUGAUGUUGAUACCAAUACCGAUGUUGAUGUCGACGUCGAUGUCGAUGCAGAUUUCGAAGAAGAUAUAGACGUGGAUGCGAACGCAACUCCACAAUCCACUUCGAUCCAUAGUCCAAAACCAGACGCUACUCCAGACAUCAUAGGAUCGAUACCCAAUUUCACCGUUGCCCCGUCCCCUCCACAUCUAGGAGAUCUAGAUCUUCUGUCAUUGUUUUCAGAAGCCGAGCCCGAACCAGCCUCGGGAUUAGAAAAUCCAAUCGCUGGAGAUGGAGAUCUAGACGCUGAUGCGAAUGCGGACGAAAUUCCAGAAUACAUUCCAAUGUAUAGUCCAACACUAGAUGCCACCUCAGAUAUAGGGUUGAUACCCGAGAUGAUUACUGGCAUGGCCUCUCCAUAUCUAGGAGAUCUAGAUCUGAUGCCAUCGGUAUUAGAAGCCGAACCAGAAUCAGUGUCGGGAUUGGGGAAUUCAAUGCUAGAUGCACCUUCUAAUAUCAUGGGGUUGCUACCCAAUGCCAAUGCUGUUCUGGCUUCUCCAUGUCAGAGAGAUCCGAUGCUAUCGGUUCCAGAAGUAGAAAUAGAACCGGCCUCGGGAUUGAGAACUCAAGUCGCUGGAGAUGGUUCUCAUCUGGCCCCGGAUUUGCAAAUGGAUGUGAAUCGGGAUGUGGAAAUGGGAAUAGAUAUGAAUACAGAUAUGCUUAUGGAUGUGAGCAUAUCUACAGAAACUAACACAACCCCCUUCCAGACUUCCUGGGAAGGAAUGUAUAUGGACCCGCCUCUGACAGCUGAAGAAUGGGGCUUUGAUUUUUCGAACAUUGGGGUAGAGGAGAUUGAUGUUUUGUUUGGGGAGAUGGAGAGGGAGAAGGAUAAGGAUAUUAGGGGGAAUGUGGAUGCUGAUGUGGUUGCUGAUGCCCAUGUGGAGAUGCAGGGAGAUGUGGAGAUGGGCGCUGAUGCGGAGAUGGGGGAGAGUCAGGGAGCAAGAGUAGAUUUUGAAGCACAAAACGAACAGGAGCAGGCGCAGGCGCAGGAAUUGGCACAGGCACAGACGCCAACGCAAGCACCAAAGCAGAAAAAGAAACAGCAAAAGCGAAAGGCUGAAGAAGAGCAAGGUUGGGGGGGAAGAUUGAGAAAAAGAACGAGGGAUUAA